CUCCCGGCGGCCGCCGACGUCAUCGCCGCGCGCCGCGCGCGCGCCCGUCGCGCGGGGGGAGCAGGCCCCUCCCCCUCCCGCGAUGCCCCCGGGCUGCGGCCGCCCCCCCCCCACGCGCUGACGGAGCCCCGCCCCCGCGGGCGCCAUGGGCCGGGCGGGGCGCCGCGCCCCCCGGCACAGCCCGGGGCUGCCCGAGGCCAAGCGCCGGGGCCGGGCCCGGAGGAUGAACAAGGAGGAGGAGCUGGAGGCGGGGCUACAGCGCCUGGAGCUGGGCGCGGAGGGGCCGGUGGCCACGGGGACGGGGCUGGUCUACGCCGAGCCGGCGGCGGCUGCCUGCUGCCCCCGCGAUGAGAGUGCCCCCCAGGGCCCGGCCCCGCUGGCGGCCGUCUGGGCCAAGCUGCAGGAGUUCGGCCUGGUGGAGCGCUGCGUCCGCGUGGAGCCCCGCUUGGCUACUGAUGAAGAGCUCUUGCUGGUCCACAGCCCCGAGGCGCCGGCGCUGACGCAGACGACGGCGGAGGGGAGCUCGGCGGCGGCGGCCUUCCCGUCCCCGGCGGCGGCGGCGGGGGGGGCGCGGCUGGCGGCAGGGGCACUGCUGGCGCUGGUGACCAAGGUGGUGGCCGGGGAGCUGCGCAACGGGCUGGCGCUCGCCCGCACCCCCGGGCCGCGGGCGCAGCGCGACGCCCCGGAUGCCGACGCCGUGGCCGUGGCCGUGGCCGCCCGCUUCGCCCAGCGCCGCCUCGGGGCCCGGCGCGUGCUGCUCGUGGACUGGGACGUGCGGCCCGGCCGGGGCACCCAGCGCCUCUUCGAGGACGACCCCAGCGUGCUGUGCUUCUCGGUGCACCGGGGCGAGGGCGGCCCCCCCGGGUCCCCCCCAACCGCCUCCGGCUGCGGCGCCGUGGGCCGGGGCCGGGCCGAGGGCUUCACCAUCAACCUGCCCUGGGACCAGCCCGGCAUGACGGACGGCGACUACCUGGCAGCCUUCCUGCGCCUGCUGCUGCCCGUGGCCCUGGAGUUUCAGCCGCAGCUGGUGCUCGUCGCCGCCGGCUUCGGCGCCCUCGUCGGGGACCCCCAGGGGGGGAUGAGCGUGACGCCCGGCUGCUUCGCCCACCUCACCCACCUGCUCAUGGCGCUGGCCGGGGGCCGCCUGGUGCUCUCCCUGGAGGGGGGCUGGGAGCCGCGGGGCCUGGCGCAGGGGCUCGGCGCCGUGCUGGGGACCCUGCUGGGGGACCCCUGCCCCCCCUCCGCCCCCGCCGUCCCCAGCGCCAGCGGGCUGGCCUCGCUGGCCCGCGCCAUAGAUGCCCACCGCAAGUACUGGGGCUGCCUGCGCCAGGCUGAGCCGCAGGGGCCCCCGGCGGAGGAGGGGGAUGAGGGGCAGGGGGCUCCCGGGGCCCCCCCGGCGCCGCCGCCGGAGCCCCCCGAGGAGGCGCUGGCACGAGCCGAGCGGGACGUGACCCGGCCCCGGCCCCCCGCCCGCACCGGGCUGCUCUACGACGAGAGGAUGACGGAGCACUACAACAUGUGGGACAGCCAGCACCCCGAGGUGCCGCAGCGGGUGACGCGCAUCAUGGAGCGCCUGGCGGAGCUGGGGCUGGCGGAGCGCUGCCUGCGGCUGCCCCCCCGCGAGGCCCUGCCCCACGAGCUGCACGCCGUGCACACGCCGGCGUACGUGGCGGGGCUGGCGGCCACGGCGGGGCUGGGCCCGCGGGAGCUGCGCCGGGCGGCCGCCCGCUUCCCCUCGGUGUUCCUGUGCGCCCGCUCGGCCGCCUGCGCCCGCCUGGCCGCGGGGGCUGCCUGCGCCGCCGUCGCCGCCGUCCUCGGUGCCCAGGUGCGCAACGCGGUGGCGGUGGUUCGCCCCCCCGGGCACCACGCGGAGCCCGACGCCGCCGGCGGCUUCUGCCUGCUCAACUCGGCGGCCGUGGCGGCCCGGCACGGGCAGCGCCUGGCGGGGGGGCGCCUGCGGGUGCUCAUCGUGGACUGGGACGUUCACCACGGCAACGGCACCCAGCGCAUCUUCGAGGACGACCCCAGCGUGCUCUACGUGUCGCUGCACCGCCACGACGGCGCCUUCUUCCCCGGGGGGGGCGCCGGGGGGGGCGCCCGGACGGGCCGGGGCCGCGGCCGCGGCUUCACCCUCAACGUGGGCUGGGCGGGGCCCCGGGCCGCCGACGGCGACUACCUGGCCGCCAUGGAGCGCCUCGUCCUGCCCGUGGCCUACCAGUUCGCCCCCGAGCUGGUGCUGGUGUCGGCGGGCUUCGACGCGGCGCGCGGGGACCCGCUGGGCGGCUGCCAAGUGUCGCCGGAAGCCUUCGGCCUCAUGACCCACCUGCUGGCGGGGCUGGGGGGGCGCCUCGUCCUCAUCCUCGAGGGCGGCUACAACCUGGGGGCGACGGCGGAGGGGGUGGCGCAGUGCACGCGGGUGCUGCUGGGCGACCCCCCCCCGGCGCCGCCCCCCCCGGCGCCCCCCCAGCCCGGCCCCCUGCGCGCCCUGGAGCUGACGCGCGGCGCCCACUGGGCCGCCUGGGCCUGCCUGCGCCUGCCGCCCCGGCCCCCCGCCCCCCCGGCGGAGGAGGAGCCCCCCGAGGAGCAGGGCUCGGCCGGCGACACGCCCUGUGAUGACAUCACGCACGAUGAUGACAUCACCGGCGGCCAUGACAUCGCUCCCGGCGACGACACCCCACGCGACAGUGACCUCACGCCCCGCGAUGACCUCACGCCCCGCGAUGACAUCAUGCGCCUGGGGGAGCUCCGCCUGGGGGACCCCCCCGGCCCUGCCCCCCCCGAGGGCGGGGCCAGCACCCAGCCGGGGGCGGGGCUCCCUCCGGCUGACCACGCCCCCCAGGACCCCCCCGGACUGCUGGAGGAGGCGGCUGGACCCCUCCCCUCCCCCACGGGCCUGGAGGAGGAGCUGGCGGAGGGGCUGCUUUUUGCCGUGGCCCCCCUGCGCGGGUGCCCCCACGUCGGGGCAGUGGCGCCGGUGCCGGGGGGGGGCCUGGCCGCCGCCCCCUGCGAGGCCUGCGGGAGCCGCCGGGAGCCCUGGCUCUGCCUCAGCUGCUACCGGGUGCUGUGCGGGCGCUACGUGGGGGGGCACAUGCUGGAGCACGGCUCCGCCUCCGGCCACGCCCUGGUGCUGAGCUACAGCGACCUAUCGGCUUGGUGCUACAGCUGCCAAUCAUACGUCCACCACCCGGCCCUGCUGCCGGCCAAGACCCUCCUGCACCGCCUCAAGUUCGGCGUCGACCCCCCCGACCUCCCCGCUCUGACCCCGCCCCCCAUCUCUUAAAAGGGCUACGCCACGUGCCCCCCCCCCCCCCGGCCGCACCAGCAGCUCCAGCACCAGCAGCGGCCCCUCACCCCCCCCCAAAGCAACACGGGGGGAAACUGAGGCACGGGGGGGGGGGGUUGCCCCCCCCCCCGCUCAUUUUUAAGCCCCCCCCGAGAGCGACGCGUGCUUUUUUUUAAUCCGCUUGUUUGUAACGGGAGACACGAAAUAAAGUACAAAGGCUGCGAA